AUGUCUACUACAAAGAGCGCCAGCAUCGACGCCGUGCGUGAUCGCUUCCGUCAAUUUUGGUCCCGAAACAGCAACACGAUACCUCGCUACAGAGACUCUCCCGAGGAAGCAGACACCGCAAGUGAAGGCGGAAUCGAAGUCCCGCCAACACCAGCUGAGAGUUUUACUUCCGAAGAUGGAUUACUCCCUCCUGCCUACAUGAUACCGAAACCAUGGACACGGAAACGUUCCUUCAUCAUGUGCGGCGCUGUUUGGUUAGCCAUGCUCUUGAUAUUUGUCCUUCUGAACCUGGUACUAUUCGUAGCCCGCGAGGUCUGGGAUACGGCAUCCGGGCAGUUUGAAAGCGCGAGCAUCGUUGAGCCGAUUCCAUGCCACUCUCAUAAUGACUACUGGAGAAAAAGACCCAUCUAUGACGCUCUCCAGGCAGGAUGCAUUGGCAUUGAGGCAGACGUGUGGCUCAUGGACACCGAGUUAUUCGUUGGCCACAACAAGUGGUCUCUGCGUCAGAAGAACACCUUCACGAGUCUCUACAUAGACCCCCUCGUUCGUCUGCUUGAGGAACGGAACGCGGACCUCGGAAACAUCACACAGGAAUCGCCUCGGGGCAUUUAUGAGGCAAGCCCGGAUCAAACCAUGGUUCUCUUGGUGGAUUUGAAGACGAGCGGCCCGGAGACGUGGCCGGAGGUGGUCCGUCAGUUGGAGCCCUUGCGAGAGCGAGGCUGGCUGAGCAAAGUCAUCGAUGGCAAAGUCCACUAUGGGCCCAUCACCGUCGUCGGGACAGGCAACACUCCUUUCGGUAUGGUCGUCGAAAACACGACCUACAGGGACACGUUCUUCGACGCUCCCCUCCUGAACCUAGACCGUCACAACUUCGAUCUUACCAACUCCUUCUACACGAGCGUAUCGUUCAAGAAGGCGCUCGGCACCGUUUGGUUUGGUGACCUAUCAAAGGGCCAAAUGGGGAAACUGAGAGCGCAAAUCAAAGAAGCCCAUUCUCGCGGCUUAAUGGUCCGGUACUGGGAUCUCCCAGCAUGGCCAAUCAGUAUCAGAAACCACGUAUGGGAUGUGCUUGUUCAAGAGGGCGUUGAUAUCCUAAAUGUGGACGAUCUGAAAGGCGCCAGGAGAGAGUGGGAUCUCAAGGGGUGGAAACGGCUAACCGGCAACUCCACGAUACCAGCCUAA